AUGGGUCGCCGAGGUUGGAUCGAUAAGAAGUCGGCACAGCACUUUACGCUUGUCCACAGGCCGCAAAAUGACCCUCUCAUUCACGAUGAAACCGUUUCCUCUAUGAUCUUGAACCCUACGGAGGUCGCAAACUCGAAUAAGAUCAAGAAGCUUGACGAUUUAACCUCGGAAUUUGGCAGCGAUGGCGGAAGGAUACGAGCCAACGAAGGCGAGGCUGCCAACCAUGGGAUUUACUACGAUGACACCGAAUAUGACUACAUGCAACAUAUGCGCGACAUCGGGAGUGGAGGAGCUGAGACACAUUUUGUUGAGGCGCCGAGUUUGCAGAAAGCUAAGAGCAAAGGGAAGGAAAAGCUUUCGUUGGAGGAUGCCCUAAGAAGCUCUAGCCUUGACGACAAGUCGGAGAUUGUCCUGGACGAGGAGAUAUUACCGUCGAAGAAUCUACGGAAGGUCACAUAUCAAGCACAGCAGGAAGUCCCCGAUGCGCUGGCAGGAUUCCAACCAGAUAUGGACCCGAGGUUAAGGGAGGUUCUGGAAGCGUUAGAAGACGAUGCAUACGUUGACGAAGACGACGAGAUAUUCGGACAACUUGCGAAAGAUGGAGAGGAGCUUGAUGAUCACACUUUUGAGAACGAGGCCUGGGAUGAGGAUGAAGAAGGAUGGGAGUCGGAUGCCACAGCGAAGCCGUCAAAGGAAUAUAAAGAUGCGCCAGUUGCGCCCGAUCAUGUGGGAGAUGAUGACCGGGAGGACCACGGAGACGGAGACUGGAUGGCGGAGUUUAGCAAGUUCAAGAAGGACGGCAAGAAACAGGUUGCUUUUGCCAUGCCUGGACAGUCGGAUAUUCAGUCGUCUAUGAUGACUACAACUACGAAUGGUGGGAGGAGGAAGAAGAGGAAGGGCGCUCUGACCAACCCGUCACAGUACUCGAUGACUUCCUCGUCGGUUUUCCGUACCGAGGGGUUGACAGAUUUGGACUCGAGAUUCGAGAAACUUGAGGAACGAUACAAUGAAGACAAUGGCGACGACGAUUUCGGAUCGAUGGCUUCGUCGGUAUCGAGUGUAACUGGCCCUGUUAGAGGAGACUUCGAUGGUAUUAUGGAUGAAUUCUUGGGAGCCUACACCGUCACGAAAAAGAAGCACGUGAAGAAGAUGGGAUAUCAAAGCGGAAUGGAGCAAUUAGAUGAGGUGAGGAAGGACCUUUAA